CUGUGCUCCAUGUUUUUGUUUUUGCCAUGGAACUUGGAACUUGACACUUAGGUUAAAAAAGAAUUACGGAUGUACGCAAUAUAUUUUUGUGGUUUUGUAUCCAUUUUAGUGUAAAUUGAUGUGCAAUUAGGAAGUAAUCUUUCGCAAGGAAAGGUUCAUUAUGUGUAACAACGACUGACAUGGUUCUCUCUUGAUCUAUACAAUAGUGUUAUAGAACUCCUUAUUCCUGUCAUUGACAAUGGGCAACCAAUUAGUUGGAAUUGCACCUUCGCAAAUUUUCCCUGUAGAGCACUAUUUGACUGAAAAUCAGCAUUUGCAAAAUCUUACUUUCGAUGCCAACCUUGGCAGUACGAGGUUUUUUAAAGUUGCAAGAGCCGGUUCUGUGGAGGGCCUUGUUGUUGUGAAAGUAUUUGCCAUUCAUGAUCCAUCACUGCCUCUCGCUGCCCAUAAAUCCAAAGCUGAGGUGAUACGGGCUAAGUUAAGCUCAGCUGUCAACUGCCUGCCAUUCCAAAGGGCUGUGCUCACAGAUAAAGCUGGUUUUUUGGUGAGAGAGUUUGUGAAGUACAGUUUAUACGAUCGUAUGAGCACUCGCCCUUUUUUUACAAAUAUUGAGAAGAAAUGGAUAGCAUUUCAAGUUCUUUAUGCUUUGCACAAGUGUCAUGAAGUGGGAGUGUGCCAUGGAGACAUUAAACUCGAAAACAUUAUGGUUACCUCAUGGCAUUGGGUGUUUUUGGUAGAUUUUGCUUCAUUUAAGCCAACUUAUUUAUCAGAGCACAACCCUGCUGACUUUUCAUAUUUCUUUGACACUUCAAGAAGGCGCACUUGUUAUAUUGCACCAGAGCGUUUCAUUAAAACACUAGGAACAGAGCUCACGAGUGAUCUACUACUAGAUUGGAAUAGAGAUUUAGAAAGAGCCGAUCUGACACCAGCCAUGGACAUAUUUUCUGCUGGCUGUGCUCUUACAGAGCUCUUCACUGAAGGCCAUCCUCCCUUUGAUUUUGCUCAGCUUUUAGAAUACCGCACAGGAAAUUACAGUCCUGACAAAUGUCUUGAUCGUAUUGAUGAUCCUGAUGUGAAGGAACUUCUUCGACACAUGAUGCAGAGAGAUCCUAGUAUGAGGCUGUCCGCUGAAACAUAUUUAAGACAAGAGAGAGGUCGUGUUUUUCCUGAAGUUUUCUACACAUUCCUCCAAUCAUACACCCUUGCCUUCUCAGCUGCACCAAUAUUAUCAGCUGAUGAAAAAAUUUCAAGACUGAGGAAAGAUAUAGACAACAUUAUUAGUAUCCUUAGUGUAGAUUCUGAUAUGGAGAAGAGCACCUCAGCUGUCUCAGAGUUGAAUCUUGAUUCCAAUCCGGCUGCUACUAACUUGAAUGAAGAUAACUGUUCAGUAGAGGCUACAGAAAAAAAUCAAACUCUUAGUUUGAAGGAAAUCAAUCAAUCCUCUUCAGAGGCACUAGUAAUUAUAACAAGUCUUGUCACAUCCUGCAUAAGGGGUCUAAAACUUUGUAUGUCAAAAAGGCAAGCAUUGGAUAUUCUUCUAAUGCUCAGUGCCCAUGCAUCUGCUGAAACAAUUCUAGACCGCAUUUUGCCAUAUGUAUUAAGCAUGUUGCAUGAUCCCUUACCUCGAGUCAGAGUGAAGGCUCUGCAUACUUUAAGCAAAGCUUUGCAGUAUGUGAAAACAGUGCCUGUGAGUGAUACAAACAUCUUCCCUGAGUAUAUUCUUCCAGGUCUUUCAGUGCUAACAAAGGACCAGGCUGUUAUUGUACGUGCAGCAUAUGCUGAAAAUAUUGCUCAAUUGGCAGAAACAGCUUUAAGAUUUCUAGAGCAUAGCCAAGUUUGGCAGAAUGCUUAUGGUUCAAGCUCAGGAGAUGGCUCUGGAGAAGCACCAACACCUGAUUAUGAAAUGGAGUUGCAAACACUACAUGGAAUGAUACAGCAAACUGUUGCCACAUUGAUCACCGAUCCUCAAAGUCUAGUAAAACAGACCCUUCUAGAAAAUGGAAUAACAAAGCUGUGUGUGUUUUUUGGCAAGCAAAAGGCCAAUGAUGUUCUUCUUUCUCACAUGAUCACCUUCUUGAAUGACAAGGAGGAUAAGCACUUAAGAGGUUCUUUCUUUGAUUGUAUUGUUGGUGUUGCUGCCUAUGUUGGAUAUCAUGCUUCACCCAUCAUAUUUCCACUGCUACAACAAGGCCUCUCUGACUCUGAAGAACUGGUUUCUGUAAAAGCUGUUAAUGCAAUGCGUGCCUUAACUGAAUUGGGAUUAUUGCACAAGAGUGCUUUGUAUGAACUGCUGAACGAUUGUGCCCCAUUCUUAGUACAUCCAAACCUCUGGUUGAGACAUGCUGUUGUAGGUUUUAUAUCAGCCACAUCCCGCUCCUUAUCUAUUGUUGAUGUCCAAUGCAAAGUUAUGCAAGCUUUAGAACCAUACCUACUUCAUGCAGUCAUCCAGCCAGAUAAAGAGGUUUUGCUGCUGAAUGCACUUAAACCUCCAGUGCCCCGUGAAAUUCUGGACAGCAUCUUAAAGUCCGAUAUAGAUGUUCAAGUCUUUUUUGAAACACUUCAAGAACGCCAUAAUCAACGUAGUCUGGUCCGCUCUGGACAUGUUCCACAGUACACUGAAAUUCAUAGUGGUCUUCAAAGUCUGUUUCGACGGUUAAUUGAUAAAGGAAUGACUGAGGAAGUUGAGGAUUACCUAAGUGCUAUGUCCAAACAUCUUGUGAAAAUACAGAAGCACAGAAGUCACCAUGAUGUCUUUCUUAUUCCUCAAGAAAGUAAUACAGGAAUUAUUGAUCUUGCUAACACUCAUAAAGCUCAAGCAUUCAAUGUCACUUUGGUUGCACAAGAACACACCAAAGGGGACUCGGUGUUAUCCAGAAAAAGUAGUGGAGUGACCCGUGUUGGUCGUCGAGGCCCAAGUGCCCCUGAACUGAUGCCAGCAGCAAUGAACAAAGAAUGGCUUCAUAUGUUUGGAGGUGUUGAGUCAGGUGGUGCCAUGUUAAGAACAGCAGAUGGUCAACCUGUUACGGGAUCACCCCCUAGAAUGAUUCUUGAUUCAGAUAUGAUGCUCCCUCAUCGAAGUUUAGAUACUGCUGGCUAUUCUCUGCCUGAACAUUUCUUUACACAGUUUCGAUGUCCACCAUGUCAGAUGGAACUCAAAAAAUUAAUUGAGCGGAAACAGGAACAGUAUUCUUCUUGUGCUCGAACUCGCCUUGCUGCUAGAGACACUGGCUGGGAAACACCACUUCCUCCUCCAGGCUGGAGACUAAGAGGAACACUUGUAGCUCAUCUUCAUGAACAUAGAGCUGCUGUGAAUAGACUCGCAGUCCUACCAGAAACCUCCCUUUUUGCAAGUGCAUCAGCAGAUGGUUGUAUCAGAAUAUGGGAUUGUUCCAAGAUGGAGGGUAGAAAUAUUGCUAACCGUUCACGCAUUACUGCAAACCGCCAGACUGGUCCUCUCAUUGGACUAGCUGCUUGCCCCGACCAAACUUUAGCUGCUGCAUCUCAAACUGGUGAUGUUUUUGUUUUAAGAGUGGAAACAACUACCAAUAAAACUCCAGUUUUGCAGUCAAGACAGCUAGAUUUGCAAGAAGAUGGAUGUGCAGUUGAUGUGGCCUCUUUUCAAUCAGGUCCAGUUGUGGUGUAUGCUACAAUGUAUGGUUCUAUUGUGGGUUGGGACCUACGCCAACCAGGAACAGCUUGGAAGUUAGAAAAUGAUCUAAAGCAUGGAGUGAUCACAACCAUGUGUGUGGAUCCAAAUGAAAGCUGGCUUGCCCUAGGAACGAGUAGUGGCUAUCAUAUAUGUUGGGAUCUGAGAUUCCAACUUCCUAUCUCUACAUUUUCACACCAAGAAAAUUCUCGUGUUCGCCGUCUUGUAUGUCACCCAACUGAGCCAUCCUGGCUUAUAUCCUCUGUUCAAGGAAAUAAUGAAAUUUCUAUGUGGAACAUGGAAAUGCAAUGUCGUCAGUCAAUGUUGUGGGCUAGUAAUGCCCAACCCUUUUCUUCUAAUAGUCAUGAUAACCAGCAAAGGUCUCCAAAUAGUGUAUGUGCCAUGUAUGCUGGCACUGUCGACAAAACACCGUUCUUGAUUGCUGGAGGUUCUGACCGACGCUUACGCUAUUGGGACUUGGAGUCACAUGUCAAUUCUCACAUAGUUGUUUCUGCUGCUCACAAUGACAAUCUCAAUCCAGCUCAUCUGAUGUAUAGGACUCGAUUGAUUGAUGGAGUAAAUGUCGUAAUUGAAGAAAAGCAAACAAGACCUCGCACAACGUCAAGUGGUCCUGGAUCGCGCGGUAGCACUGCUGGUGUUGGAUCUGCGGCCAGUAGCAGCGAAGAGACACCUCGCCCUGGUCCAGAACAACCUCCUGCAGGUCACCAAGACUGGAUUAGUGAUGUUGCACUGUGCCAAGCCUCCCAAUGCUUCUUGAUUUCAGCAUCUUGUGAUGGUGUGAUCAAGGUUUGGAAGUAAUUUUAAUUAAAGAAGAUUUAAUUUUGGCUGUGUGCAUGUAUUGCAUCCCCUAUUAAUUUUGGGACCCAGGGAUGUAUGCAUGUAAAUGAUUUUGUUAUUAUUAUAAUUAUUAUUGUUAUAUUUACCAUCAAAGCAUUUGUGAUUUUUGUACUGUUGUCUUGUUAAUGUGUACCUGCACUUCUUUGUGAGUGUUUAAUAAUCCCUAGUUGUGCUACUAAAGAGUAGCUAUGUGUAAUUUUAUGGGAUUUAAAUCUAUAUACCCAUGAACAUUAGUGAUGAAACAAUCAAAUGUAUUUGAUAAUUAUUUUAAAGUACUUGUUUUUGUACGUGGAAGGAACUUGAUCAGUCUGUAGUCUCAUAUACAGUUCAAUAUCAAAGUAUCCUUUACAUUUUUCUACUACUACCACCUGGUCUGAUCCUUUUUGGGCACUUUGAAUCAAUCAAAAAGUUGAAAAAGAAAGGGUUUGUCAUGUGAAAGGAUAUUCAGCCAGUGAUACCUCAAGAGAAACCAGUGGUACAGUUUUAUUUUUAAAGAUACAACAAUGAAUAAAAAUAACAGCAGCUGUAAAAAACAUGUUAUGAUUAAUGAAAUAAUAAAUAAUUUAACAUCAUUCAAUGAUGAUGUGUAUGAAAGUUGUAUGAAAA